UUUAAAACAAUAUUAAGUCUGCAUUAAAACUAGAAUUUAUCAAUAACUAUAUUAUUGUGAUAGAUAUGCGCUAUCUUGUUCAGUAUAAUUUUCAUUUGUUAGGUCACAAUCAAAGAACACUCAUGACGUUGUGAUUAAUUUAGUUAUUUACUUCGUUUUGGUACGUUGUAAAUGAGUAACGAGCAAAAAAGCAGUCAUAGUUUAAUUUGAAUGCAAGUGUUCUCAAAAUAUGGAAUAUCACACCAAGAGAACGUCUCAAAACGUGCCAAAAGUGAUAAAGGUUGUUAAUUUGAAGCGAUUCUUGCCAGACACACCACUAGAGGUAACACCUAAAUUAAGAAGAACUUGGCAUAAGCCGGUUUUACAUACAUCAUCAAAUGCUGAUGCAAGUAAGGACAAGGUUCAUGUCCAAAACUGUGCAGUUGAUAUAGACAAAGUCCCAGAAAAUCAGGGUGCAAUAGACAAUACAAGUUACACACAAAAUUACUUAGACUUUAAUGAAAAACAAGUGCUAAGCAAUGGUAGCAAAAUCAAGUUUAGAAAUUGCUCGCAUACCCAUGAAGAAUUAUCCCGGCUUCAUGAACAUACUGAUGAGACAUUAGUGAAAGUUGGCGAUGUGUUUGAUUCUCGGGAAUCCUUUAAGCAAUAUUUAAAUGACAAUGCCAAGAGAUGGCGCUACUACUAUGUAUGCCGGAAUAGCAAGAAAACAUUUAUUGAGUACAACUGCAUUUGUAUGGCAUAUAGUGUUAAGGAGAGAGAAGUGGUGAUAAGAAAACAGAAGAAGCGAACAACCGCCUGCCCUUGCAAAGUGCGGCUGGCGAUCAACCAAGCAAACAAAGCGAUUGUGUACUACGUGUGCAACCACCACGACCACCCCACGACCGACAGCGAGUUCCACCACUACCCCCAUGCUAAAUACCUGCCUCAACAUGUUAAAGAGGAGUUCCUGGAUUUGACGUACCUCGGUUUGGACGUGGACCUGAUACAGAAGUAUAUCCACUCCGUUGUCGGCCUCACCAUCAAGAAGAAGGACAUCUGGUCCUACGCUUACAGGUUUAAAAGGAAAAUAUUCAAUAGAAAUAUAAGUGCAGAACGGCAGAAAUACAUGGAAGGUUUAAUUGCAAAAAUUCGAGAAACGUACGAUCCGCCAUUAGAAACUAAGCAACAUGAAUUUCCAAACGAACAUACCGAAGUCGUCCUUUCCAUCAAAGAAGUUGAUUUGAGACAGGGAAAGACACUUGAAAUUGGGAAAAAAGCUAAUCGCGCGCUAGAGACGUUGACCGACGAUCUAACCCUAAACUAUAGUACAGACCUCAACCAAGUUCUCGGAGAUACCACAGACAACACGGAAGUUAUAGUCCAGUACAUUAACGAAGAAGGCAUAUUAUGCGACGAAAACGGUACACCAGUUACCAACAGUUCUGCCAUAAUGCAAUUUAUUAACAAUUACGCGUAUGUACCUGUUCAAGACUUGCAGCAAACUCUGUUCAGUGAAAUCAGUCAUGUAAAGGAACCUUUUGAUUAUGUGCGAGAUGAUAAUACGGUGAUUUACAAAGGUGAACCGUAUGUCGAAGAGACGGGAGGUGCAGUUUUGAAUGACGUCACUGAAUUAUUAGAUGGCAAUAUUAGUUUGGAGAGCUCAAAGCAAGACAAGGCUGUGAUAUGCGAUAGUUAUCAAAAGAGGUUGUCGCCUACUCCCGACACUCCCGCUGUGUACGCAGAAAUGGAUAAUUUUAAGAAGUAUUAUUACGUUGAUCAUCGGUAUUAUAUUCCAUAUGACGAGCAGAAAAGAAAAGAAAAGAGUGUUCAGCAUAAACCACAUUCUUAUGGUGGCACCAAGCCGUCCGGCAUGUCUCGCGAGGAAUUCAUAAAAGCUCCCGAUUUUGUCUACCACCCGACGCCAAUCCGCCACUGCUCCGGGCACGAGCACCUGACCCUCCUCACCGACGCUGACGCCAUCUUGCCCGGAGCACGGUUCCUCUCUCACGACGUUUUCCUCACAUACAUUAACGAGCGGGCCAACCGCUGGUUCUUCUAUUACUCGCUAAUGGAGAGCGGCAAGGCCCCGGAGCAUUAUGUGUAUAAAUGUGUGUACGGGAAGACUAGAGUGUCAAAGAACGCUUAUCGCGCCAAGGGAUUGAGGAAAAGAAACAAGCUGACCACGCAGUGCCCCUGCCAGAUCCGUCUUAGGCGGUUAGAAGCUGACCCGACGUACCUCACCGUAUUAUACUCGUGCAAUCAUCACGACCACGAGUUGGACUCGACACAGUUCACCGCGCAACCGCACAGCCGCAGGCUCCCGUCUGUCAUUAAGGAGGAGGUGAAGGAUCUGUUAACCCUCGGCGUGGGCGCGGACGUGCUCCGCAAAUACGUGUUCGCCGAGACCGGAGUACGGGUGUACGGAAAGUAUUUCCACAACGUGCGGACCGGGAUGAGGGCGCGCGGCGAGCAGAGACAUUAUAGCGAGGAGCGAAUCGAAGCGCUCACUAAGAAGAUCAGAGAUUUGGAAGCGAUAUAUGGAAAUGCAGCUAAAGAAAACCCACAAGCACAACAGAGGAAACUGCCUAACAUACUAAGUCAAAAGAAAGAAUGCAUCACGCAGGGGGGCCAGGAUGAAACUGUAACGCAAACUCAAGAAUAUUGUGAGCUUUCGGACAGAGAUGAUUUUGCUGAGGAAGUCUACAUCAUGCAAACUGAUACUCUACCUCUGGAAGACACAGCGAAGCAGAGUAGACUUGAGACGCGACUGCAGAGCCUGUCGUACCAGCACAUCGUCAACACGGUGAUGCAAUUGCAGGACUCGGUGCGGUGUGAUGGUGUACGGAGCGACGCGCAUGUUAUGGAUAUAGUUUGAAUAAUCUCAGGUGAAUUUUUCGGGCUCGGACCCUAAUCUGUUAAACAAAAGAUAUUGUUUCCUUUAUGCAGUGGUUACAAUGCUUACUGCUAAUAGCCCCGACGUAAGUAAUGGGAACAAACCCAUUUAAAAAGCAAAUUUACCAUUCUAAUUAUAUGGUUCAAAUUCGUGAAUCAGCUCAUUCGGAGAUAACACGUUUUUGCUAUCUCUAUAAACAAGAUCACCCUAAUUGUUCUCUGAACAAGCUGUCAUAUGAAUUUGAACCUUAAUACUAUCACGAUAAUUGCUUUUUAAACGACAUGGUUGCUUUGGCACGUGGCUGUAGACCGCUCUUAAAAGAAACAAAGGCUUUUGUUUAACGGAUUAGCACCCGAACUCGAAAAAUUCACCUGCGAUUAUUCAAACUAUACCAGUGAUUUGGAUAAUAUUGGAUAGCGACAAGUCAGAUUUAGAAUAAAUCGGGCAAUUUUUAUUUUGCUGUCCAUUUGUUACCGUCAGAUUUUGGUAAGAUUUGGUUUAGAUACAAUUUGGUGGAUUGAUAAUUCUGUCCAUAACAAGCGUAAUUUCACAGUAAUAUGUCCUAUCAAAUCUUCAGUGGAGUUACGAAAAUACCAUAAGUUUUUGUAACUCAGUGAAGGUUUUUUAUUGAUGUGAAUUGGACGACGUGUACCUAUUAUUAUGCAACGAGGUCAGGAUUUAUAUAGAUUAUAUUGAUCCCAGUAAAUUAUGAAAUAAAUUGUAUUUUAUUACA